CUCAUACAUUUGAGGGACAAUGCCUAUAAAUUCAGGAACAGAUUUCGGAUUUCCAAAUUAUUCUCUCAUAAGAAUUCUGUUUAUCCAUAUCUCACGCCUUUCGCGCGUUCAUAAUUAUCGCCGGAAAAUAAUUUUGAAUUCCAUUUGGAAGGUAGCGUAAUUAUGGUAAGCAUCGCCGCGGAAAUGAAAGUGAAAGCAAAUUCUCCGUUUUCAUGCCCCGGCGAAGGCGGCGAAAUGCCGGAACUCGACGUUCAAAUUAUUACUUCUGGUGGCCUACGCAUUCCUGCUCAUUCUAGCGUCCUGGCUUCAGCAUCGCCGGUGCUGGGUAGCAUGAUUAAGAGACCGCAAAAGCACCGGAUCUCCAAGCAGAAAAUUCCGAUUCUUGGCGUUCCUCCGGACGCCGUUUCUGUGUUCAUGCAAUUUCUAUAUUCGUUCGAGUGUAGUGAGAAGCAGCUGGAGAAGUACGGGAUUCACCUGCUGGCGUUAUCGCACGUAUACUUGGUACCACUGUUGAAGCAGAGAUGUACAAGAGCGUUGUCGGAGGGGUUGACGAUUGAGAACGUGGUGGAUGUACUACAGCUUGCUCGACUCUGCGAUGCACCUGAUCUUUACCUCAGGUGUAUGAAGUUGUUGUCUAAUAAUUUCAAGGCUGUUGAACAGACAGAAGGGUGGAAGUUUCUGCAAAAUCAUGAUCCUUCUGUUGAACUCCAAAUCUUACAAUUCAUGGAUGAAGCAGAAUCUAGGAAAAAGAGGAUAAGGAGGCACAGACAGGAGCAGGGAUUGUAUUUACAGCUAAGUGAAGCGAUGGAUUGUCUGGAGCACAUAUGCACAGAAGGGUGCACAAGUGUGGGGCCUUACGAUAUGGAUCCUAGCAAGAAUAUGGAUCCAUGUAGCAAGUUUUCGACCUGCCAUGGUCUUCAACUCCUGAUUAAGCAUUUUGCAGCUUGUAAUAAGAGGGUUAACGGUGGUUGUUUGCGCUGUAAGCGAAUGUGGCAGCUCCUUAGAUUGCACUCCUCAAUUUGCGACUAUCCUGAUGAAUGCAGAGUGCCCCUGUGCAGGCAGUUCAAAUUGAAAGUGCAACAAGAUGGAAGAGGAGCGGAUGCUAGGUGGACAUUACUAGUAAGGAAGGUGGUAUCAGCCAAAACUAUAUCUUGCUUGACUUUGCCCAAGCAGAAGAGAGGAGAAAACUUGAACAACCCAAAAUCAUCAUGACAUUAGAAGCUUCAAAUUAUAGAAGUAAUCUCAAAUAGAUACAAAAGUUUCUUGAAAUGGAAUGUGAAAAUCAUGUGUAGUAAGUCUCAGAAAUUGUGUUUAGUUCUUUAUAACCUGUAAAUGAAAGUUGAUUGGUUUGCUUAAUAGUUUAGUUAUUUUGGCCUGCUGUAUCCCCCUUUUGUCGUGUUGGGUGGGCUAGCCAUGAAGUAGUUUGUGAUCAAAAUAUAAUGCUUGUGGAUGAGUGGUUUCUUGUCAAUCUGCUUUUCUCCAUUUAUAAUGUAAAUAUGGUGAAGUUACUUGAAUUAUUUUGGACAUUGAGGUU